UGUAUAUGAGCAAAUUCCUCUCUCUCUCUCUCUCUCUCUCUCUCCCUCUCUCUCUCUCUCGCUCUACUGCUCUUCUUCUGUUCUUGAGACGGCUACUGCUUGUCUGGAUACAUAUAAUGAAAUGUGACUCACCAGUGCACUAUUAGCUCAACCUCAACCAAGUUGUCGGGUUUUUAAGUUAACCCCCUACAAAGAGGAAGCAAACACAAGAAGUUUCUGAAGAACCAUGGCUGAAGAUGAUAUGUACACAAAAGAUGGGACGGUAGAUUACCGUGGGAAUCAUGCUGAUAAAAGUAAAACUGGAACCUGGAAGGCCUGCCCUUAUAUUCUAGGAAAUGAAUGUUGUGAAAGAUUGGCAUACUAUGGGAUGAGCUCCAACUUGGUGCUUUACUUUAAGAAGCGACUCCAUCAGCAAAGUGCCACUGCGAGUAAAAAUGUAGCAAUUUGGAGUGGAACAUGCUACAUCACCCCAUUGAUUGGAGCAAUUUUGGCUGAUGCCUAUCUUGGAAGAUAUUGGACUAUUUUCUGUUUCUCCAUCGUCUAUGUUAUUGGGAUGACACUUUUGACUCUGUCAGCAACAGUCUCUGGCCUAAAGCCAACAUGUUAUGGAGAAGAUAAUUGCCAUGCAACAGAUACACAAGCUGCAGUGUGCUUUCUAGCACUUUACCUGAUUGCAUUGGGAACUGGUGGGAUUAAGCCUUGUGUCUCAUCAUAUGGAGCAGAUCAAUUUGAUGAUACUGAUGAGGUUGAGAAGAAACACAAAGCUUCUUUCUUCAAUUGGUUCUAUUUCUCGAUCAAUAUCGGUGCUCUUAUUGCUGGUUCUUUGCUGGUUUGGAUACAAGACAAUGUGGGUUGGGGAUGGGGCUUUGGCAUCCCUGCAGUGGCCAUGGCAAUUGCUGUAUUGAGUUUCUUUUCAGGUACUCGGUUGUAUCGGAACCAGAAACCUGGAGGCAGCCCUCUGACACGCAUCUGUCAGGUGAUCUUGGCAUCCUUGAGAAAAUGGCAGGCUGAAGUACUAGCUAACAAGUCCAUUUUGUAUGAGACUGCGGAUGCAGAAUCUGCAGAUGCAGAAUGUGCUAUCAAAGGAAGCCGCAAGAUUGAUCAUACAAAAGAUUUCAGUUUCUUUGACAAAGCGGCAGUGUUGGUGCAAACAGAUCACGUUAAGGGCUCAGUAGACCCUUGGAGACUUUGCACAGUUACCCAAGUUGAGGAGCUGAAAGCUAUUAUACGAUUGCUUCCUAUAUGUGCCACAGGUAUCAUCUUUUGCACUGUCUCCAGUCAGAUGGGCACCUUAUUUGUGUUGCAAGGCGCCAUCAUGGAUGUUCGCGUUGGUUCAUCUUCCUUCGAGAUCCCACCUGCAUCUCUGUCAAUCUUUGACACCCUUAGUGUCCUUUUUUGGGUCCCAAUCUAUGAUCGAAUCAUUGUCCCAUUAGCUAGAAAAUUUACAGGUCAUAAAAAUGGCCUAACUCAACUCCAGAGGAUGGGCAUUGGCCUCUUCAUAUCCAUUUUUCCCAUGCUAUCUGCAGGAGUUUUGGAACUUGUAAGACUUAGAAUGGUUAGAAGGCACAACUACUAUGAACUUGAGCACAUGCCCAUGUCCAUAUUUUGGCAAGUUCCUCAGUAUUUCUUCAUAGGGUGCGCUGAAGUUUUCAUAUUCAUUGGGCAGAUAGAGUUUUUUUAUGAGCAAGCACCUGAUGCCAUGAGGAGUCUGUGCUCUGCUCUCCAACUCACCACCGUGGCACUGGGGAACUACUUGAGCUCUCUGCUUGUAACCAUUGUUACCACAGUGAGUACAAGGCACGGGAAGCUUGGAUGGAUACCAGACAAUCUGAAUUAUGGUCAUAUUGAUUAUUUCUUUUGGCUCUUGGCCGUUCUGAGUGUCCUGAACUUGGGAGCUUUUCUCUUCAUUGCAAAAUGGUACACAUAUAAAAGGCCUUUGGGGACUCUCAGAUGAUGGUUUACUCUGGUGGCUGAAGCACUUGUAUAUAAAGUACAGCCUGCUUAAUGAGUAUCAUCUCCUUAUGUAUGCAACACAGUUGGAAGUCUACUUCAUAUACAACAGUCUCUGUAUGCUAUUUUCAUUAGAUAAUGUAAAACAAAAAUCAAAUAGGGUGAAAAAAGAAAGUGAACUACAAUAUGAAUUAAGCCAAUGUUUUCUUUCUUCAGAUACCAAUGUACCACAGGAACAAUUUCUGAUGGUUGAAGGACUUGUAUAUACAGCCUGCUUAAUGAGUAUCAUAUCUUUAUGUCAGGAACACAA